CUGGAAGUACCACCGAUGCAGCCCGGACAGCCAAAAGCGUUGUCACCCCCGCGGAAAGCGGAAGGCCAGUUGUUCGAUUCGCCCUUAAUAUCGAUCCCGGGCACGCGCUCUGCACUCUGCGCCCGAGUUCGACUUUCGCAGUUCGCACUUUCGGACGUGAACUCGCAGGAUUGCAGGCAACGAGACCACUCGCAGUCGUUUGUGAGCGUUCGCAGCGCCAGCAAAGUGUUAAACGAAAAGCCAACAAAGCAAAUACAAUUAACCAGAACUGGAAGCACGUCCACAAAAGCAGCUAAGUGCAGACCAAACUUGGAGUUUUCCAGCCAGGAGACAGGAACAGAGCCAACCAGACAAGUAGCAAAGGAGCAGAAAAGAGUGCGAACAAUGUGCGCCGCGCUGCGUCGUAAUUUGUUGCUGAGGAGCCUCUGGGUCGUCCUGGCCAUUGGCACCGCUCAGGUUCAGGCCGCCUCGCCGCGAUGGGAGCCCCAGAUUGCUGUUCUCUGUGAGGCCGGACAAAUCUACCAGCCGCAGUAUCUUUCCGAGGAGGGACGCUGGGUGACGGACCUUAGCAAGAAGACAACCGGUCCCACAUGUUUGCGUGAUAAAAUGGAUUUGCUUGAUUACUGCAAGAAGGCCUAUCCCAACCGAGACAUAACCAACAUUGUGGAGUCGUCCCACUACCAGAAGAUCGGUGGCUGGUGUCGCCAGGGGGCAUUGAAUGCGGCUAAGUGCAAGGGAUCCCACCGAUGGAUCAAGCCAUUCCGCUGUCUCGAAGGACCAUUCCAAUCUGAUGCCCUGCUAGUUCCCGAGGGCUGUCUGUUCGACCACAUCCACAACGCCUCUCGAUGCUGGCCAUUUGUGAGGUGGAACCAAACCGGAGCAGCCGCUUGCCAGGAGCGCGGAAUGCAGAUGCGCAGCUUCGCCAUGCUUCUGCCCUGCGGGAUCUCGGUCUUCUCCGGAGUGGAGUUCGUUUGCUGUCCCAAGCACUUCAAGACCGAUGAAAUUCAUGUAAAGAAGACCGACUUGCCGGUGAUGCCGGCAGCACAGAUCAAUAGCGCCAAUGACGAACUGGUGAUGAAUGACGAAGACGACAGCAACGACUCGAACUACUCGAAGGAUGCCAAUGAAGACGAUCUGGACGAUGAGGAUGAUUUGAUCGGUGAUGAUGAGGAGGACGAUAUGGUGGCGGAUGAGGCAGCUACCGCAGGCGGAAGCCCCAACACCGGAUCCUCAGGUGACUCGAAUAGCGGAUCUUUGGAUGACAUAAAUGCUGAGUACGAUAGCGGAGAGGAGGGUGACAACUACGAGGAGGACGGUGCUGGUUCCGAGAGCGAGGCUGAGGUUGAGGCCUCCUGGGAUCAGAGCGGAGGGGCCAAGGUUGUGUCCCUAAAAAACGAUGCCUCAUCCCCGUCGAGCGCUCCGGUUGCUCCCGCCCCCGAGAAGGCACCUGUGAAGUCCGAAUCGGUCACGAGCACUCCUCAGCUGUCUGCCUCUGCCGCUGCUUUUGUAGCUGCCAAUUCUGGAAACUCGGGAGCCGGAGCCGGAAUCGGAGCACCACCAUCCACUGCACAACCCACUUCGGACCCCUACUUCACCCACUUUGACCCGCACUACGAGCACCAGAGCUACAAAGUAAGUCAGAAAGAAGCCCAACAGCGCCUUGAGGAAUCGCACCGCGAGAAGGUCACGCGCGUUAUGAAGGACUGGUCCGAUCUCGAGGAGAAGUACCAGGACAUGCGCCUAGCGGACCCCAAGGCAGCCCAGUCCUUUAAGCAGCGGAUGACGGCUCGCUUCCAGACUUCUGUUCAGGCACUCGAGGAAGAAGGCAACGCCGAGAAGCACCAGCUGGCCGCCAUGCACCAGCAGCGCGUUUUGGCCCACAUCAACCAGCGGAAGCGCGAGGCCAUGACCUGCUACACCCAGGCCCUGACUGAGCAGCCCCCUAAUGCCCACCACGUUGAGAAGUGUCUACAGAAGCUGCUGCGCGCCCUGCACAAGGACCGGGCCCACGCCCUGGCCCACUACCGGCACCUUUUGAACUCUGGAGGACCUGGUGGACUAGAAGCAGCUGCUUCGGAGCGUCCACGCACUCUGGAGCGCCUAAUCGACAUCGAUCGAGCCGUAAACCAGUCGAUGACCAUGCUCAAGCGCUACCCAGAGCUCUCCGCCAAGAUUGCCCAGCUAAUGAAUGACUAUAUUCUGGCACUGCGCAGCAAGGAUGACAUUCCCGGUUCCUCGCUGGGAAUGAGCGAGGAGGCGGAGGCCGGCAUUCUGGACAAGUACCGCGUCGAGAUCGAGCGCAAGGUGGCCGAGAAGGAGCGACUGCGGCUGGCGGAGAAGCAGCGCAAGGAGCAGCGUGCCGCUGAGCGGGAAAAACUGCGCGAGGAGAAGUUGCGCCUGGAGGCCAAGAAGGUGGACGACAUGCUCAAGUCACAGGUGGCCGAGCAGCAGUCCCAGCCGACUCAGUCGUCAACCCAAUCUCAGGCGCAGCAGCAGCAGCAAGAAAAGAGCCUACCCGGCAAGGAGCUGGGUCCCGACGCAGCUCUGGUCACAGCGGCCAAUCCCAACCUAGAGACCACCAAAAGCGAGAAGGAGCUGUCGGACACUGAGUAUGGCGAGGCAACAGUGAGCAGCACCAAGGUGCAGACCGUGCUACCAACGGUCGACGACGAUGCCGUCCAGCGGGCGGUGGAGGAUGUAGCCGCCGCCGUCGCCCACCAGGAGGCCGAGCCGCAGGUGCAGCACUUCAUGACCCACGAUCUGGGCCACCGCGAAUCGAGCUUCUCGCUGCGCCGCGAGUUCGCGCAACAUGCACACGCGGCCAAAGAGGGCCGCAACGUCUACUUCACGCUCUCCUUUGCCGGGAUCGCCCUGAUGGCGGCCGUUUUCGUGGGCGUGGCCGUGGCCAAGUGGCGAACAUCGCGCUCGCCGCACGCCCAGGGCUUCAUCGAGGUCGACCAGGUGGGUUGUCAGAACGUCACAACACACCAUCCCAUUGUGCGCGAGGAGAAGAUCGUGCCCAACAUGCAGAUCAAUGGGUACGAGAAUCCGACCUACAAGUAUUUCGAAGUGAAAGAGUAAGCGAGAUGGCGAGAUGGCAGCAUUGACGCGGCUGGCAAGAGCGAGCGAGUGGCACACAUCAACAACAACAGUAAACGCAACUGCAGCCACUGCGAUUUCAAAAUGGAAAAAAUUAAGCGUAAUAUUAAAGCAGAUGGGAAGAGAAAUGAUUUUUUUUUUUCGUCAAAUGAGCGCAGUUUCAAUAAGGAAGAAUGAAAGGGUAGGAGAAAGAUAAAUUCAAUAAAUGGUAAUAUAUCUAUAUAUUAAAUUAAAGCAAGCAAGCAGAAAGGCAACAAUAUAAAGCAAGCAAUUAAAUUUAAGUAUUUGAAUGUUUAACAAAACGCCGUAAACAUCCUUUCUAGCUCUCUCUUUCUCUUCCCCUGUCUCUGUCCCAUCACCAAACACACACAUCAACAGAUGGCACACACUCACCUCCAACUUUGUGAUUCUUCUUGAGCGCCAGCUACGCAAAGAGAGUAGAAACGCGCAAGUGAAGAUCACGUGGAGCGGGGGAGGAGAGGAUGGAGAAGAGCGAAAGAGCAAAACAAAAGAUAUUCCUAGUAAAUAAAUUGUCAACACACACACAUCCACAUUCAAACACCGACUCACCCGCAGAACAGUCACACCCCACUCACACAUACAGUGCCAGGAACCCGCGGACGAAGACACAAACGCAUUCAUGCCUGCUUCGUAGCAUAUUUUUGAGCGUUUCGUGGCGUUAGAACGCUUGCAAGCCGAUCGCAAUUAUAAGCAAAAACCUACGUCAUUAAUUAGAGCGGGAGCGCGAGCUAGAAGAGGAAAGCAGGAGGCAGAAACACCCACACACUGACACGGAAUCUCGCACACUGAGACACUUGUGAACCCAAGAGCUACCUACGCGUACUAAUCCCUAUACGAUCGUGCAUAUGCGCUUCUUGUGCAUAUGUCAAACUUUCUCUCUCUGUAAGCCACACACACUCACCAGAGAAGGGAACAGAACACACAAACCACACACAAGCCACACACGCAUACACGCAAAAUAUAUACAAAAUAUUUACAGCAAAGCCAGAAGAAAUGUCCAUAAAUGUAUUUAUGUAUCUAUACACGAGCCACACAAAGCAAAGGUAGAAAGCCAGCCAGCUAGGGAAGAAUCACGACGCUUGGCGGGCUUUGAAUAUAAUAUACGAAUCAGCUAUGUAACAGAAACAAUGCAAAACGCUAAGCUAAUUGCAGACAGAAACAAAAGAAGGAAAACCAAAUAUUAAAACGAAAGCGAACAAAUUUUAGAACUUUUUCUGCAUAUUUUGUGUGUAAGUCGAUGGUCGAACAAAAACAACAAGAAGAACAAAAAGGAUUUCUCUCUUUUUUACGUACAUUUUCACCGAAAAGACAGCACAAAACAAGACAGCAGUCACAACUCACAGCUCACACCCAUACAGCACACACACACACACACUGAACGGAGCCAAGUAGAGUUGAUUUGAUGCAUUUCAUAUCGAACGCUUCGCAAGUGUUGCAUAAUUGCCUUAGAGCCAACUGCGGCAGAAAUCAGAUAAGCGGGCUCGGCGAAUCGCAAAAUCCAGGGAGCUCGCAGCUCGGAGACGGCACCACCUGGAGUGGACGCUCCAAAGAACCCGAGGCCCAGAGAUAAACCAAUUCGAAACGGCUAGUUCAUUUCAUGGCUCGAUUGCUUGGCAAAUAUUUGGCCUGUUUUGUUCGAGCAGCGAGAUACUGUUACUCAAUCAAGCCCAAUAAUCGAAAUGCUUUCCCCGCUGAAAGCCGACAAGUGGCUGCCCUUCUCAGUUCGUUUUCCAUUUACGAUUUACGUUUAAUUUCCGUUUCCAUUGCCAAAUUGGCCAUUUUCAUUGUGUGACUCACUUUGGCUGAGAUUAAGUGAAAGCACACACUGACCCAUCAAAGCUGCAAUUCAAACUCAGAUCAAUGCUGAGAUGUUACUAAAUCAAAAUGUUGAUGUUACCGAAAUCAUCAAGAAGAAAGCUUCGAUUUAAGCCGAUAUUUUUCAAAUGUACAGAAAACAAAACUGGAAACUGAGACAAUUCAAACCAAAAUAUUUGCUGUACCUCAGAAUACAUACAUAUAUUUUCAGUUUCAUACAUUGAUUUGUGGUUGUGUUUAAGUUCACUAUCAAGCUUUUGAUCAGUUUUAGUUUAGGCAUUAUUCGUAGCCCUAUUUUCAGCUUAAGUUCUCAUUCGAAAUAAACUAAAUUGUAUUGGCAAUUUGAACGGCAUGAAUCUUGGGAUUGUUUAGAACACUUGGCUCUAUUGAGAAGAUCCGGGCAAACAUUGUUACCACGUUUUAAAAGCAUGGCAAUCAAGGCAAAUCUACGGCGCUCCGCGACACAGACAUAAACAGACGCGUUAUAUAAUGUAUUACAAACAUAUAUAUAUUUCAAGAGGAAAAACCAAAUGGCAAAUCAACUACACAAAAAGCAAAUAAGAAGAAAUCUUACUAGUCAAAGCUUGAAUAUUUUUUAAUUUAUUCAUUAAUGCAACAAGAACAACAACAAAAAUGAAAAAAGUAUACAUAUAUAAAAAAAAAAAAAAAACAAAAAAAGAAAAAACAAUUGAUAUUUACACUUAGUGAAGCAAAAAGCAAAACCAAAAAACAAAAAAAGCGAAAAGUAUAAGCGAAGAAAGGAACAAAAAAACAAAAAUGAUGCAAAUGUGUAAGAAAUAAACCCCGUCCUGCAUAAAUAAAAUUAAAUAAAAGAAUAAAAUAAAUGGAAACGUAUAGAAUAUCAUAAAGUAAAGAAGAUUUACACGAAAAUUAAAUGCAAAACAAACAAACAAAAUACGAGAAAGCAAGAACAACAAAAUUAUAAUGAAAUCGCAUGUGUUUUUGUCGUAGUCUCAUCAUUGAAAACCAAGUGGAAGUAAAUAAAAUAAUAAUAAAACAAAAAAAAACAAGUUAAUUGUAAUGAGAAGAAACAGCAAAUAAGAGCAACAAUUUGUGUAAUUCUUUUAGUCGAACUAUGAUUUUUGAACGAGCAGAAAACUAAGUUGGAGAAAAGUAUAUAAAAAUUUAAAUAUUAAAUGUACUCGAAGACAAUUGUAAUUGCAACAAUAAUUGUACGCUACAUAUACUAUUAUUAAUGUGGAAAUAUUUCAGCAUUCUGUCCUGGCGAUUAAGCCCCGAUAUUUGAUCUUCGAUCGGCGAUCGACGAUCGACGAUCGACGAUCUUUGAUCUUCGAUUCUUGUCAAUCUAUCCGGUUGGAUAUGUUGGGCAUUAUUACACUAUAGCCGGGGCGCAAGAAACCCAGGAAAAGCCAGGAAAAUUGUAUAAUGUUUCACACAAAAUCCAAUGAUGGAAAACCAAAUAUAAAACGUAAGAAUGCGGAUGAAAUACAGAACAACAAAGAAAAGAAAACCAAAACAAUUCUCAAUGUAUAAUCAUAUAAUUUGAUUUUGACUUUUUGUGUUCUUUUUCGAAAUAUUUUGCAUAAAUAAAAUAAAAUAACAGGAAAAACAAACAAUCAA